UCUGUUGAGUCAGGGGACAACUCUAAUGAUGUUGUUGUACUUCAACAAUUGAUUACCCAGGAAAAUAAUAUUGUCAGCUAUUAAUUAAUUGAAUCACUGAUUGUAAGAGAGAAUAAAAAUCCCCAAACUCCAGCGAGGGAGGUUAAAUCAGGUCUGAAACCCGACUGAGCACAUCUGGUUGAGUACGAUCUCAAAAAAAGACAAGAAGCAAGAAUAGAAAGGUGGAUACAACCGUUCCCUGCUGGGGAUUAACACUGGGAUCAACUCUCUGGGACGGGGGGAGCGGAACAGCUGUGCUCUGUGGCUUGUUGUUAAGGGGCCCUGGACUUACCCAGGUCUGUACACUGCAGCUUGGAAGUUGUAAUUCUGUCCUGUUGAGCAUUUGCUAGAAGAGAACUUAACUCUUCACUACCCUCCACAUCUCUGAGACACAUGUAUCAAACCGUUUCAGGUGCUCCACUUUUCCUCUUACUGCCAUAAGAAUGGGAGAUUAUGAUGACGUUACUGCCUUCCUGGGUCAGAAAGGACCUUAUUUCUAUAGGACUUUCUUUCUUCUGAAUACAAUUUUCAUCUCCACUGGAUUCUUUGGGCUGUUCAUUGUAUUUGUUGGAGCAACUCCCCCACACCACUGCUUUAUCCCGGACUCGGGCAACCUGAGCGAGGCAUGGAGGAAGGCCAUCAUUCCCAUAAAGGUGGUGAACGGACAGGAGGAGGAGAGCAAGUGCAGCAGAUACAGGCUGGAUGUGGUCAGAAACCUGUCUGCUCUGGGCUACAUCCCCGGCCUGGACGUCAACCUCACUGGGGUGGAGCAGGAGGGCUGUGUGGAUGGAUGGAGCUACAGCAAAGAUAUAUACCAGUCCACCAUAGUCACUGAGUGGGACCUCGUAUGUGACAAUGAGUGGAAAACUCCUUUUGCUUCGUCGACUCUUUUUGUGGGUUUCCUGAUUGGAUCCCUGUUGUCUGGCCAGUUUUCUGACAGGUUUGGGAGGAAGAAAGUUAUUUUUGGCUCUCUUGUUGCCCAGUUGGUCUCUGUGCUCAUUCAGGCCUUCUCUCCCUCGUGGGAGGUUUUCUGCAUUAUGUUCACGCUUGUUGGGGCCUCUCAGAUAUCCCUCUAUAUCAGUGCAUUUGUACUGGGAACAGAGGUGUUGAGUAAGUCCAUGCGUGAAGUUUUCACUACUCUGGGGGCUUUUCUGCACUACUGUAUCGGCUAUAUGGCACUGCCCUGGAUCGCUUACGCAAUGAGGGAAUGGAGAACACUUCUCAUAAUCCUGUCCAGUGUGUCCGUAGUCUAUAUCCCAUUGUGGUGGUUCAUCCCAGAGUCUCCACGAUGGCUAUACUCUCAGGGAAGAGUAGAGGAGGCUGAGGCCAUACUGAGAGACGCUGCCAAGAGAAACAGAGUCACAGCACCAGAGGUCAUCUUUAAAGACACUGAGUUGGACGUGGAAUCGGCACCGAAAAACAAAUAUAGCAUGAUUGACGUUCUGAGAACCAGCAACAUCAGAUGUGUUACAUUGAUGUGUUUGUUUUUAUGGAUGGCAGUAAACAUUGGAUAUUAUGGACUCUCUCUAAACACAUCCAAUCUGAGUGGAGAUCCUUAUCUAAAUUGUUUCUUAUCAGCUCUUACUGAAGUCCCAGCAUAUGUAGUAUCUACAGUGCUCCUCAGGAACUGUCAGAGAAGACCCUUACUGUCCGCUUUCCUCUUAAUAGGAGGAGUAAUGCUUUUCCUGAUCCAACUCAUCCCUGAGAAUCUGCAAGGUGUUGCUAUAGCUGUGGAGAUGGUUGGGAAGUUUGCCUUCACAAUGUCGUUCACCGUGGUCUACAUCUACACCGCAGAGAUCUACCCUACUGUUGUCAGGAGUGCUGGUGUCGGGAUCUGUUCUUCAGCUGCUCGGAUCGGGACUAUUGCAGCCCCAUACGUUAUCUACCUAGGGAGCAUUAACAAGUACCUCCCCUACAUUAUAAUGGGAAGUUUGACUGUCACUUCGUCCGCUGUGAACCUCUUCCUGCCAGAGACAUUCCGCAAAAAGCUACCAGAGACAGUAGAGCAUAUGCAGCAAUGUAAAGGUUUGUGCAGAAAAGAGCCAAGGAAUGCCAAUAUCCUGAAGAAAGGAGGAGGAGGAGAUACCCCAGCAAUAUUAAAUGAGGUCAAAUUCUGAUAAGAAACCCUGAAUUGCCCAAUCAACUCUCCUUAAUAUGACUCAACAAAACUGUGCAAAGCAGGAUACGCUCUAUGAUAAUGUAGACGUAAUGUGUGGGGCACCAGAUGCUGCAAUGCAGGACUGUACCACAGAACAAGCUACCUAUUCUGAGGUGACAUGGUUAUGGAAAUGCUUGUACUGUGUACGUGUGAGGAUUCCUGAUGGAACAGGGGUUCCAUUUUCUGUCAGCAAAUAGCAAUGUAUAACUGCAAAAAAUACAGCAAAAAUACUGUAUUACCCACAACGGUUGCAACAAGAUUUAUCUCAAAACUUCUUUUUUUAUGAUACCCUUGGUAAAGCUGAGAAUAAUGACUUGGAUGUAAAGUAAACAAUGUAACAAUGUGUUGCACAUGAUGCAAGAGAGAGCUGAAGUUUUCUAAAUUAGUUUUGUUCCGGGCAAUCCUGCCUAUUUAUAUUCUUACCUAUUUAUAUUCUUAUAUUCUUACUUUGGGUAACUUUUUGCACUGGAAAAGGCUGUUCAGAAAAUAAUUGGUUAGACUUGCUUGUUUUGUUGCUCAGAGUUAGACUGCUGUACAGAAUAUGGUAAAGUGUUUGUAGUGUAGAGGGUUAGGAAUUUUUAUUUGAAAUAAUGUGUUUUUUAUCUAUUGUUUUCCUGUGGCACAUGGCCAAUAAGUAUUUCUAUUAGCAUUGCUGGUGAACUAAUAAUGAGGUAUUUUUCUCAUUCUAGUGGUGAGUACCGCAAAAAAUCCCUGAAAGUGAAUAUUUUAAUAAACGUUUAUUAUUGUCA